GUUAGCGGCGGGACAAUCGGACGCUUGUUCUCCGGCGCUGGUCGCCUCCUGGCCCGGCCGGACAAAUCCUUCUUUGUCCGCUUCGGGAUGCCAGGGCGAAAAGGACGCGGGGAGGCCGACGAGGCUGCUUCGGGGCGGCGGUGCGGAGUCCUCCCCAGCUAGCCCGAAGCUCCCCGAGACGGCAGGAUGGGCGAGCGGGAGCCGGCGGGCGGCGAGGCUGGGGGCUUCGCGCUGGACAAGGAGUUUCUCCGCUCCCCCAAAGGGGUGGUGAUGGGGGCCGAGCUGGGUCUUUGUUUCCUGGUUUUCUUACUGCUCACGGCUUCCGUUUCGGCCUACAUGGGCGCUGCCUUGCUGGAGGUGUUGGUAACCCUGACUUUCCUCGGUUUGCGAGCCACGUACUAUCAUGAACGCCUGACCUGGGUCAACUGGCCCUGCCUGGAUUUCCUUCGGUGCGUCAGCGCGGCCAGCAUCUUCAUCGUGGUGGGCUUCGCCGUCAUUGCCACCAACCACGAGGGAUCGGCCGUGUCGGCCUUUGUUUUCAGUCUUAUUCUAAUUGGAAUUUUCUGCUUGGACGCCUACAAAACCUACCAAGCGGAGAUGGGAUCGGAAGAAGACCCGGAACAUCAGUGAAUUAGCACGCUCAAGUGUCCCUUCAGUGGUGAAAACUCCAUCUUAGAUUUCCAGCUUCUGUAUCUGCAUAUAGUCUUGGAGCUGACUCCCGUCUUUCCUGGAGAAUCCGGAUCCACAAUAUUAGAUUAUUUCCAGAUUUAACUUGCCGGAAAGACAAGAUUAAAAUUGUUUCGGAUGCAAUACAAUAGGCCUCACGUUCCCAGCAACUGCAUACACGUGCAUGAAGAAGUAAACAUAGAUGUCUUUUACUACUAAACAUAUCUAUACUACUAAAA